UGUUUUUUAAACCAGUCUGAACUUAUAAAUAAUUUAGGCCACACAAAGAAGAGAGGGAAAGGUGGGAAAAAAGGAAGUACAAGUGGAUUCUAAUAUCCAAAAGAGCCUCUUUUGAGAAUAAUGGCUACCCAUGCAGAAGAGAGGAGGGACAUGGGCAGGAGCUCAAACUGGCGAGUUGCUAAAAGAUCACAGGAAGGCAAGAGAGUGUUAUAGCCUCAAGCCAAAGCUUCAGGGUAUACAGAUGCCCGGGAAAAUACAGGAUGCCCAGUUAAGUUAGAAUUUCAGACAAACAUUUUUUGGGGAUAAGUAUAUCCCAAAUAUUGCAUGGAACAUACUUAUGUUAACAAAAAAUUAUUGCUGGGGCACCUGGGUCUCUGAGUUGGUUGAGCGUCCGACUUCGGCUCAGGUCAUGAUCUCACAUUCGUGGGUUCAAGGCCUGCAUCAGGCUCUGUGAUGACAGCUCAGAGCCUGGAGCCUGCAUCAGAUUCUGUCUCCCUCUCUCUCUGCCCCUCCCCUGCUCGCGCUCUGUGUCCGUCUCUCAAAACUGAAAUUAAAACAUUAAAAAGUUAAAAAAAAAAACUUAAAAAAAUUAUUGCUUAAUUGAAAUUCCAGUGUAACUGGGAAUCCUGUUUCUGAGAGGGUUUUUUUUUUUUUUUUUUGAUUGUUUUUGUUUGUUCUGUUUCAUUUUGUUGUUGCUGUUUUGGUUUUUUGUUGUUGUUUUGUUUGUUUGUUUUGCUCCAUGUGGCCGCCCUGGCCCUAACUUCGCAGACAGCUGCUCUGGCUGUCCUCACCUCAUCUUGGCCCUGAAUUCCCACCUCACGUUGAGAGGAGUCAGAGAAAUAAUGUGUGGGAAAUGGCUUUGCAAACUCCAAAGAACUAUAACAUCAAGUAAGGAGACAUUUCUUUCAGUGGGCGUUGUUAUGAAAACACUGAGUCAUCAAGCAAGAGCUGGGUCUUUGUGAAUUUAAGGAGAUGUAUGGAAAAUUCCGAGGAGUUUGGGGAGUGUAUUCAGAAGGGGAGCCUCAAAGGACCCCAACGAGAGGGACUAGACGUGACGCUGGCCAACUGUGGCUGCACUGAGACUUACCUGGAGUGCUUUACCGGUCCCCAGGGAGCACCUAGACCAAGUGAGUCAGGACCUCUGAGAGUGGGGCCAGGACCAGUGUCGUUAAACCUCUCCAUGUGAUUCCAUUUUGUAGCUGACCUUGCAGACCAGUGGUAGAAUACACCUGUAAAAGGGACGUUGAACAGGUGAGACACCUUGGGCCCUGGGGUCCCCGGGAGGGAUAGUUAACACCCCUUAGUGAGGUUGGAUGUAAGAAGGGGAGGGAAAAAAAGAAGAAGAAGAAGAACAAGGGAGGAGGGAAUUUGUAACGAUAAGAUUUAUCCCAUCUGCCUUUUAAAAUUCUUUUUUUAAUGUUUUAAAAUAAUAUAAAUACCCAGGGCAAAUUUUUUAAGCCAGGAGGUUUGAAUGUGAGUGAAAGGGAGUGGGUUAAAUAAGAAAAGCAGGCGGGAAUUUUCUAUAUUUAAUCAAGCAGCACCUAACAGCCACACACCCAGUGGGGACAGUGGUCCCUCUCAUUUGGGAGGACCAAAGGAUCCAUUUGUGAUUGAGAAGAACUGUGUUGGAGGGUUGUACUUUCCGUGAAGUCACAGAUGGCUCACAAUUUUUCUUCUAACUUAUGACAGGACUUGUGGUAGCUGAGGACCAAUUUCUCUUUCAGGCACAAAGAUUUAGAAGGUGUGGGUGGUUAUGUAAAAAUGUAGGAAUUCAUGUGCUGAGUAAGUGACACCUACAUGAGAAGCCACCACUUGUCUUUGAUUAGCAUGACAGUCACCUAACGGGAAGUGUGUAUUUUCAAUCAACAAAUAUUUAUUGAACUGUGAGCUGAGCACUGUUCUUGGCAUUGGUAUAGAACAGGUAAUAAAACCCUCUUGGUCCUCAUGGAAUUUAUAUUUCAGUAGAAAAGACAGUUCAUAUAAUUUCAGAAAGUGAGAAGAGGGUAUACGGAAAGAUAGAGGAGGAUAAGGAGCUCAGGAAUGGUGGAAUGGGCAGAGGGCAAGUUAAGUUAGGUGGAAGGCUGAGAAAGCCCUUUCUAAUGCCUACAUCUGAGCAGAAGCUUGAAUAGAGUGAAGGGUGCACCAUGUGGAUAUGUGAAAAAGGGUUGUAAGCAGAACAAGCAGCAAGUGCAAAGGCCCUGAGGCAGCUACCACCUGGCCCUGUUUAAGAAACAUCAAGAAAGCCAGUGCUGCAGAGCAGGGUGCUGGGAAAUAAGGAUGAAAGGCAGACAGGACCAGAUCAUGUAGGGGCUUUCGAUCAAGGUGAGCACCUUGGAUUUUGUGCUAAUGCAGUGGGAUGGAAGCCAUUGGAGGAAUUUGAGCGGGGAAGUGGUAGGGUCUGAUGAGCUGUUGUGAAAGACACAAUAGAGGGAAAGAGUGGAAGAAGGGAGCCCAGGUGGGAAGCUGUUGCCGUCAUUGCCUAGGUUAGGUGGGAUGAUGGCGGGUUGCAGCGGCCAUGGAGGUUAUGAAAGUGGUCGGAUGUGGACUUUAUUUUGGAGGUAGAGCCAGCAGGAGUUGCCGACAGAUUUGAAGUGAGAUUGUGAGAGAAAGCUAGAAACUGAGGAUGCCCCCCAGGUUUAUGGCACAAGUAGGUACGUAAAUGGUGCCAAUUCCCAAGCUGGGUAACACAUUUGGUAGGAAGGGUGCAAGCAGUGAAAUCAACAUUGGUGUUUUGCACAAGCUGCGUGAGCUACCUAUCAGACAGCUGAGGUGGACCCUUCCGCGAACCCCCCCAAUCCCCACUCUCCCUGUAUUAGUUCUCAAUGGCUGCAGGAACAAAUGAGUGCACAUUCAGUCACUCAGAUCAGCACCAAUUGGUUCUCUGAGAGUUACAGAGGUCCGAAAUCUAAAAUCCAGGUGUUGGUAGAACUGUGAUCCUUCUGAGGAUUUCAGGGGAGAAUAUAUUUCCUUGCUUUUUCCAGCAUCUAGAGACUGCCCACAUUCCUUCUCCCUUGGUCCCUUUCACUAUGUUCAACCCAGGAAUGUAGCAUUUUCUCUCUCCUGUAACCAAAUGCCUCCCUCCUCUAAUGACCCUUGUGAUCACAUCAGGCCCCUCUGGCUAAACCAGGAUAAUCUUUCCAUUUCAAGAUCCUUAACUUACACCUGCAUGCAAGGUAACGUAAGGUAACGUAUUCAUAGACUCCCAGGAGUAGGAUGCAGACAUCUUGGGGGGACCAUUAUUUAGCCUUAUCACUACUUCCUUAUCCUCAAAAAACCCUGAUGGAGGUCAAAAGAGCAAGGCGCCUAACUGAAACACCACCUUUCCCAGGCCUACUUGCACAGAAAGGUGCCCAGAGCAUCUUGGAAAGGAAACCAGUGCAUGCUGAUGGUGGUCACCCCUAUCCCUCAUUUUCAUCACUUCAGGGCAGUGGCCUGCUCUCAAGUGCCAACAGCCACAGGCCUUUGCCUGAGGAGUCCCUCUGGUCUCCUGAGCCCACUUUGCGACAUGUACGACAGGCCAGAAGUGCCCGAAAUUAAUGUCCCCCCGGUGAUUGACAGGAGUCAGUGUAUAAAUACCCCAAUUCCCUCCCCCUGGAUGAGAUAACAGGCAGGGGGUAUGCUGGCUCCCUGAGUUUCUCAGUGGGCUUCAGCUCCAGUGACCCUUAGUGGUAACUUACCUGAUAUCAAGCCUUUUAUCAACCAGCUUCCCUUCUUGGUUGUGAAACAGGAAAAAUAAUAUAAUAUCUGCCUUGUGUCCCUCAAAAGGUUUUUGUGUGUCCAGAAGGAGACACUGCAAAUGCUUUGUAAAUGGUAAACUACAGAAUCAUUUAAGGGGUAUUACGAGACCCACAGACUAUUAGGGCUGUUGAGUACCUGAAGGUCAUCUUGUUACCCCAGAAAGAGAAAGAGGACAACUCCAAGGGCUAAUGAAUGGAAGCAGACCAGAAGGAUAAAUGUGGUGUCCUAAUUCUGGAUCUGGUGGGGUUUGGCUCUAUCAUGAUGUUUAUUACUAAGUUCUCUCUUAGAUGAUUUCUAAGCCUCCUGGGGCCUCUACUUAUUCAUAUGAAACAUAGAAAGAAUGGCCUGCAGUGACACUGUCACUAUGUAGAGUACUUGGGGAGAGUCUUCAAAAUCAGGGAGCCCAGCCCCUCUCAUUAGAGGUGGGGAUUAUGCAUAAUCUCAGUUGCAAAUUGCAGACACAAUGCCAUUAAUUUAUUUGACAAAGAUUUGUAAAGAACUUACUACCUUCUGAGCACUAUUGUAAAUUCUUUACAAACAUCUGCUCAUUUAAUUCCUAUAACCACUCUAUCAAGUAAGUACUAUUAUCAUUCUCACUUUAGAGACGAGGAGACUGAGGCAUAGAGAGGUUACAUGACUUCUCCAAGAUCACAGAGCAUAGCAAUGAACCCGGGAAGUCUGACUCCAUGCUCAAAAAUGCUGUGCAGUGCUGGGGCACUCGAGGGGCUCAGUUGAUUAAGCAUCCGACUCUUGGUUUUGUCUCAGGUCACUAUUUCAGGCCCCAUGUCAGGCUCCAUGCUGACAGUGCAGAGCCUGCUUGAGAUUCCCUCCCCCUCUCUUCUGCCCCUCCCCUGCUCACUCUCUAUUCCCCCCCUCAAAAUAAAUACAUAAACAUCUUAAAAAGAACACAAAAAAACUAUGUCAAAAAUACUGUACUAUGCUGAGUUGCCUUCUUUUUUAUCAUUUUCUUCUUCCAAAUUACCUCCCACAUCUAUCCCUGGGCCAGUUCCUAGUGUUCAAAUCAUAACAUCUCUCAAUCAAAAUGAUUUCCAUUUGCACAAGACAAUUUAAUGUAAAUUGACUUAAAUAGUCAAGGGAAUAUCAGUUCCUCCUAAUCAGUGAGUCCAGAGGAAGGAUGGAAUUCAAGCAUGGUUUGACCCUAAGUUUGCCAGUCAUCAAGACAGAAGCUCUGCAUCUCUGUAAUUCUUUCAGCUCUGCCCUUUCCUUAUCCUGUCUUUUUAUUUAUUUAUUUUUUUGGGUUCGCACCCCUCAAGGAAGCAAAAUGCUCUUCCAUCCACACAUUGCACUAUCCAGAGAAAGAAAGGGAGCCUUUGACCCAGCAUCCCACUCAUGAGGCAGGUUACUUCUGCCUCUGAACCAGUGGCUGAGGCCAAGGCUGGGAUCCAGAGAGUGUCUGCUAUCUAAGAAUCAUGUGCACCCCAGGGAUAAUUAGGAGGAAGUGGGCAGGUAGGAAGGCUUCAAGGCCCAGAUGAGGUGCCACCUUCUCCACAAGAUCUCCCUUUUGGUCUCAUCAUCUUCCAUCUUUGGAAGAAUAGCUCCUUUCUCUGAAUUCCCGUGUCUCUUGAUCUGCGUUGCUCUGACACCAUUCACCACUUCAUAUUCAUCAUUUUGGAUUCCUCCUGGAUCAUCUCCACUUGACUCUCCACUAUUUCCCACUCUUUUCUGCUCUGUUCACCCCAGCAGAUGGGCCAUUUCUCUUUUGUAACCCACUCCCAUCAGAUUUUCUAUUCUGCACCGUGGCACGAAAAUAGCGCUUGCCAAGAUCGUGCCCUCCAUCUUGCCAAAUCCAGUGACCUGUUCUCCGUUCUCCCCUUGCUCACCCUCUUGGCAGCAAGUGACGUAGGGGACCCCUCUCUCCGCUCAAAGCGUUUGCUUCCACUCCCAGAUACCACAUGGUUUUGUGUUGUCAUGUACUUCUCUGUUCUUUUCUACUCUCUUUUGCUGGCAUCUCCCCCAUCCUACCCCACCCCCACCCACCUCUGCUCUCUCCACGAGGGCCGUGGUUUUGACAGUGGCCACGUUCCCCUUCCUACAACCACUGCUCCCAUGUCAUGGCACCUCACCCACAGCUACUACUCUCAUCAGCAUCUGGAAACACUGCCCCCUCUCUUCUUAUCCCCGCAGACCUGGAGGUGGUAAAGGUUUCCCACUAUUGCUAGACAAUGAAUGCUUCAUCAUGCCUUGCUGGGUCUCUUAAUGCAGCCAACACCUCUGUAGACCGUCCCUUCAAUAACUCUCUUCCAUAAAUCCUUGGAGUGUGCUCUUCCCUGAUAGGACUGACUAGCACUCUGCUUGUUUCCUUAUGUCACUCUCCCAUAUUAGCUUAUAAGGUCACUAAGAACAAAGUCUGUGUUUAAUUCUUCUUUUAUCCCCAGGAGUGCUUGCUAUCCAAUUGGUACCAAUAAAUGCUGAAACAAAGCAUUCUUUCUUAUUAACUGCUUUCAGCUUAAACAGGAAGUGAAAGCAAUAAAAGCAUUUAAACACACACACACACACACACACACACACACACACACAUCUCCCAGGACAAAAAGCAGAAGGAUGAAAUAAUGCUAAAUUCUGAUGUUAUGAGUUUUUGCCUGAUUUUUCAAAUUCAUGAUGUAUUCAAAAUCCAUAUGGAUCAUGCUUUUUCCUCUCCAGGCCCAGAAGUUAAAGAGAGUUACUUCUAUUACAAUAGAAAUUGAAGUACAGGGGCACCUGGGUGGCUCAGUUGGUUAAGUGUCCAGCUUUGGCUCAGGUCAUGGUGUUAUGGUUCAUGAGUUUGAGCCCCACUCAGAGCCUGGAACCUGCUUCAGCUUCUGUGUCUCCCUCUCUUUCUGCCCCUCCCCUGCUCUCACUCUCCCUCUCUCUCUCUCGAAAAUGAGUACACAUAGAAAGAAACUUUUUUAAGAAAUGAAAUUGAAGUACCAAUAAACUGAGAAGCAGGGAAGCCCCAUUGCUGACCAGCGGGGGGAUCUAGGAAACACUGGGUGCUGGGAUUUGCAUCACACCCUAUGCUGAGAUGGGCUUUGGGAAAGAAGCUCUAUGGGGUGUGCCCACCUUUGGGGGUCUCCUUCCUACUUUGCUUGUCUCUCUCUCUUCCUAUUAUGAACUACAUUGCCACUCUUUCCCUACCAACCCUGAUCCUAUUGCUCCAGUGCCAACCAGGUGGGUAGUAUAAGGAUUCAGGGCAAUAAGGGGAAAGGAAAGGAAGGAAAAAGAAACCCCCAUCUUCCCUCCUCUGGCCCUAGUGGUGGUCUUAUUAGCUGUCUCCUUCACCUACAAUCUUUGGGCCAUUCUCUAUCACCGAUUGUAGAUCCCCUAGUCCCCAGAAACUGGACCUAAAUAUUCUUUUGAAAUAAAGAGGAUUCUGACUACAAUCUUCUAUGGAUUCCAGGGUCCUCCUUUGACAUCUGUAUCUGCUAUUGCUUUUACAAAUGAAUCCAAGUAUAAAAAUUGACACUGUUGUGUAUAUAUAUGUUGGGAGAGAUGAGUGGAGAUGAUUACGUUUAUUCUGUUUCUCAUAUUUCAAAAAUCUUUAGAGAGUUUCCAAAAGGAUAAACUGAAUGUCCAUGGGGAUGACCAAACACCCUUGCCUCUCAGUUCCUUGCCUUCCUCAUUACCAAUGACCUUUUGUCUACACUAUCACAAAGCCACCCAUUCCCUGCAACUGCUCUAUUUUUAAGAUAAUCAGUCAAUCAUUCUGUCUCCAAGCAGCACCUCCUACCUUUCCAGCCAACUGGUUCCAUCUUUCUUCAAGUUCAUCAGUGCUUCCUCCCUAGGAGUCCCCUUCUAGUCUCUUUCCUCCAUAUGUCCCUCUGAUACCAUGGUUCAUCAUUUGGGGCAGUCUUUCACAAAUAUCUUAACUUCCUUUGCUCCUUUACUCCUUCAUCUAUCUGUGAUAUCUCCCUGGCAUAAAAAAAAAAAAAAAAAAGCAUUAACUUGAAACAAAGCUUACUCCCCAACUCCCCCAUUCUUCUCCUGAAUAGCCAAAUUGCUAUUACUAGAGAAAACCAUACAUCCGUCAGACAGGCCUCUUGGCAAAUUCAAGAUCACCCAUCUCAAGAGGCUCUCAACUCUCCCAGCAUCAAGAAAUACUUGUAGAGUGGGGAAAUAUCCAUGGAAGGUGCUCUGGGAAUUCUGAAAUGAAUGGACUGCGUGCAGGUAGAGAAACAAACAAAGAAACAAAGCUAAUAGAUGAGGGCAGAAGGGAACCAAAUGGGAAGAGUAAUUUGGAAGCAAAAGGAAGAGAGGAUUUCAACAAGGCUUGACUGCCAUUCCCUCUUGUGAGUAAAACUCUUAUUUUUAAGACUUAUUGGGUGGCUGUACAAGACAGCCUGUCUAGUUCCACCCUGUUGAUGGCAACUCUCUUAUAGAUGAAGAAGCAGAUCAUCCUGGAGAUUGUUGGUGUGUGCAACUGUGCUGGAGAAGGCAGGCUUUCGUUUCCUCAUCUGGCACAAAGGAAUCCUUCCUACUUUCCCCAGGAGGGCGUUGGGAGGAAACGGAUUGGUGGGAAGCAAAAGGAUUAUUUCAGUAGUAAUGACUGCAGGAGGUCAAGGCAAGGCUGAGGCUGUUCUCAAUAAGAAUCAUUGUGACUAAAGACAAUGGCUAGUGGGAAUUUUUUUUCUUUGUUUGCUUUUAUUUUUUGAUGCUAGACAGCUGGAAUGCCAAGGGCAGUUCUGUGCCAAGCCACAAAAAGCCCGAAAGCCCAGGACUUCCCCUCGGACAAUAGCUUCCAUUUUAGCUUCGGGCAAGAGUAAAAUCUGUCCUAAGAUAGUUUAGGAACUUCCUGUUGGUUCACAUUUCAAGCAGCUUGUAUUUAAUUUUCACCUUGCCACUCAGAGCUCAGAGUCAACAGGAGACCCAGGGACAGGGUACUUUGCUGAGAACUGACCAGCGACCGGCUGGCUGCCUAGAAGAACAGACAGCCAUAAUGGAACCCAAACCUCAGAAGAGUCCAGGCAAACAAUUUACAUUUUAUUAUGAAAAUGAAGUCUGCAAACAAGAUUACUUUAUUAAAUCACCACCUCCUCAGCUUUUCUUCUCUGCUUCUUCUUGGAAAAAGCGGUUUUUCAUUCUGUCAAAGAGUGGGGGAAGGAGACUUCACGUCUCCUAUUACAAAGACGAACAUCGCCGAGGUUCCAUUGAAAUUGACCGAAACUCCAGUGUAGAAGUUGGCAUAAGUAGCCAUGAAAAAAUGCAAUCUGUAUGUAAGAUGUUCAAAUGCCACCCUGAUGAGGUGAUGUCCAUCAGAACCACUAACAGGGAAUAUUUCCUCAUUGGCCAUGACAGGGAGAAGAUUAAAGACUGGGUCUCCUUCAUGUUAUCAUUUUGCUGGGACGCCAAAGCAGCACGCCAGAACACAGAGCAGGAGAAAUUCCCCCUGGGUGGUAAAAGGCCUUCUUCAGACCCCAGUCCUCUCCUUGGUCCUUCCAGCGCAUCAGAGGCUGUCAGCCCCACCCCAUCAAGAAAUAGUCUUCCAGACAUGCAUUUAAUGGAAAACAAUUCUCCAGGACUCAGACAAGCUCAUCUGCCGCAUGAUUUCUUGUCAGAGACUACAGAAGAGACAGAAGAAGAGAGUCAUUAUAUUAGUCCUCAAAGUAUUCUUUUACAGUUGGAUAGUCUUAUUGCUUCCAAUGAUCCUGGUCAACCUGCUGAACCUGAUAGUCCAGAACAGUUCUCGGAGACAAAUGAACCUCAUUACAUGCCAAUGAAAUCCUGUUUUUUCAGAGAGACAUCCCACAAGUCUGCUGAUAGCAAAGAGGGAUCCCAGGCCCUUCCAGAGAUCCAGAACGGGGGGCUUCACUUGCAAGAACAAGGCUCACAAAGUGACUCUUGUCUUCCACCUGCCAAUAUGGAAGCACAGACCAUGAAUGACAAAAAGGGGUUGGCCUCACUUACUGUUGUGCAAUUAUCUAUACUAAUCAAUAACAUCCCUGAUGAAAGCCAAGUGGAGAAACUGAAUGUGUUCCUUUCUCCUUCUGACGUCAUAAAUUAUCUUAGUCUCAUGGAAGCUGCAGGACGGAUAUGUGUGGCUCAGUGGCAAGGCCCCCCGCACCUGGGAUGUUUAUUUUUUCACGGAGAUCACAUCUUGGCUGUGAAUGACCUGAUGCCCCAGGGCCUGGAGGAGGCUUCCUUGUUUCUCAGUCGGUCUGUCCAGAAGGAGAAAAUAAAACUCACCAUCGGCCGGAUCCCAAAUUCAGAGAAAUUCCAUGCUGUCGCCUGUACGUGCCCCUUAAAAUACAAAGGUGUUGUACCUUGUCAACUGGGUGAGUCUAGACUGGAGAAGACCCUGAAGAGGAGUCCAGCCAUUAAAAAGGGUCAACACCAACGAACUGGAGAGUCACAUGCCAGGACCCACUGCUGAGGAGCAAGGGUGGGCCCUAGACUCUGCUGGGGCCCUGCCUCUCCCUCUCACCGCCUUGUGAGAUAACACACAUCAGCACACCUCUCUGAUUUUCCAUACCUACCCCUUAGCGGCAGGGAAAACUAUCACCACUCCGGCUAUUCAUCAGGGAUGCUGAGAGGGUCGAGGGGGAUAAUGACUGUGGAACGCAGAGAAAAUGUAAGGCCUUGUUAGCUCAGACGUUGUCCCACACACCACAGAGAUUGUUAAGUCCCUCAUCUGAAAUGCACUGUGUUCUCUGAGGUCAUGGUCCGCACAAUCCCUUCUUUGUUAGGGAACAUACAGUUGGAAACGCUCAUUCCAGGAAGGCAAGAUUCCCGAGAGACCUGAUACCAUAUCAGCCUUCCCAAACACCUCCCCCUAUUCAUCACACCCACCCAUGGUCCAAAAUGCUGAGGCAGGGUGGCCCCUUGGCUUCAAUAAUCAUCUGGUUUUCUUAAAGACCCAGAAACUAUUCUAGAAGUUGAAGCGGUUUUAGGUCGCAUACAGCAAAGGUCUGUUUUCUCUACAAGUAAUAAGGCAACAACGUAGCACUUCUACGUUUGAAAGGUCGUAACUGAUUGGCGCAUUAACUAAUUGAUCCUACAAGGCCAAAAAUGUCAAAUCUUUUUUCAUAAGUAGGAAGACAAAGGCAGCGAAAGGACUAAUCGAAUCCGGGAACGUUCGAGCAAAAGGAGGCUUCAGAAAAUAUAUCUCACUAUGCUGUCAUUUUUGCGCAGGAAGACGUCAAGGCCCCAAACGUUUAAUACAAACAAACAAAACAGAAGCAGACUCAUACAUACAGCGAACAAAAUGGUGGCUGCAGAGUGGAGGUGAUGGGGGGGACAGGCAAAGUAGGUGAAGGAGAUUAAGAGGUACAACCCUCCAGUUAUAAAACAGGGAAUGAAAAAUCCAGCAUGGGGAAUAUAGUCAAUAACAUUGCAAUAACAUUGCAUGAUGUCAGAUGGUGACUCCAUUUAUGUGGUAAGCAUGGCAUAAUGCAUAGAACUGUUGAAUCACUAGGUUGGACACCUGAAACUCAUAUAACAUGCUAUGUUUUAACAAAUAAUAAUAGUAACAAUAUACUUCCUUUGUAGUUCCCAGUUUCAUAGCUGUUUGGUGACAGACCAAGAAUCUAAAACCAGCUCUGAGAAACAGAUGUCCUGCUCCUCACUUUGUAUUUGGAUUUAGGUUUGAAAAGACCUUGUGCAGAUAGAAGAAACAUUCAAAUACAGUUCAUUUUCUGUUUUCCAGAUUGUACAGAACAUACACAAAUUUUUAGUUUACUGUUCCUUUUUUUAAAAAAGUGUUUUAAUUCUUAUUAUUUUUGAGAGGGAGACAGAGACAGAGAGCAAGCAGGGGAGGGGCAGAGAGAGAGGGAGACCCAGCAUUGAAAGCAGGUUCCAGGCUCUGAGCUGUCAGCACAGAGCCCAGCGUGGGGCUCGAACUCACAAGCUGUGAGAUCGUGACCUGAGUGGAAGCCGGACGCUUAACCAACUGAGCCACCCAGGUGCCCCUUACUGUUUCUUUUUUAAAGCUGGAUUGAAGUUAAGACUUUGCCUUUUUUCUAGCCUUAUUAAAAUGUAAUUGACAUAUAGCACUGUAUCAGUUUAAGGUGUGCAACAUAAUGUACAACCUUAUGCAACCUCCUGUUUCUACUUCCCAGAAAUUUGUGCUACAGAACUACUCACACAAAUAUACAAAAAUGAUUUUUUAA